GUACAGGUGGCUAACUAACUUCUAAUAGAGAUUAAUUAAAACGGCAGCGGCUUGGAGCUCCACGCUUCUUCAGGCAACGGAACGGCAACGUUUCACUUCGAUCCUUGUUUCUGGAUAGGAGAAGAAAGGUGUCGUUCCGACUUGAACUUGAUCUGCACUUCGUGGGAAGCUUGCCUUCUUCCUUACAGCAGCAGCUUGAUGCAGAGUGAUCAAAUGAAGUCCGAGCUGCUGCUGUUGGUGAUUCCAAUCAUCAUUCCAAUACGCCCACAUAGCAAUCUGGAGAAGCUAACAAUAAAAUGGUACCCAGGCAGGAGCUUUCCAAGCGACUUUUUUAGGUCGCGAUUGGAGGAGAUUAAACUAGAAUUCUGUGAGAAAUGCGAAUACCUCCCACCUCUGCAUCGUAAUCCGGCUCUGAAGAAGCUGAACAUCUCAUUUUGUUCAGACCUAAAAGGGUUAUGGAAGGACAACACUUGCACUACUGUUGUUGGUGUUGAGGAUGCGGAUCAACCGUCCCCUUGCAGCUUCCCCUGUCUGUCUUCACUGACGAUAUUGGGGCCUCACCAGAUGAAGCAGAUCCCUGCAUUCCCAAACCUUGAUGGUUCUCUGCAUUGGGGCCUCGCUAGCUUGGAUACAUUGUUGCGAAGCAUGGACACGGCUGGUUAUGAAGGAUCAGCAUCUCUCCCUGUCUCGAUCCAUCAAUAUUCCCUAAGGAGACUGAAGGAGCUCGAGUUGUCUUAUGUGAAUGAUUUUGAAGAUUUGCAUGAGGAGUAGCUGUGCAACCUAGCGAGUCUUGAGAGCAGUGGCGGAUCCAGGGGUGGCCACCCCGGGCCACGGCAUAGCCCUCCUCUGGAUCCGAAACUAGUAUAGCCCUUAUGCGUUUGUCGAUUUUAGUCAUUUGGCCCAGUGUUAUUUUAUAAUAAAAUUGUGUUUAAUAAGGAAAAUGAGUAAGAUGAAUAUAUUCAAAUCAUAACUCUAAAUUUAGUCUAGAAAUUCUAGCUCAAAUUAGUCUCGUCUAAAGAAAAACAAAUAAUGAAACCUAAAAGUCUAAAAGUCUAAAACGUAAAAGACUAAAAGAAAUAUGAGAUUUGUUCACUUGAAAAAUCACUAGAGCAGGUGGUGGAAAUAGGGAUGGAUACACAAUACAAAUUGAUUAGUCGAUUGAUUUGUCUAGUGUUGACAUUGUCCGUUUCAACAACUAUUAUGGAGAGAACCUUUUCAUCAAUGGAACAUAUGAAAAAUGAUUUGCGCAACAAAAUGAGCGAUGAAUUUCUCGUCGAUUGGUUAACUAUUUUAUUUGAAAAAGAGUAGUAUGCUAUUAGUAUGGACGUAGACUCCUUUAUUGAUGAUUUCACUAUAUUAAAAGAUCGAUGUGUAAAAUUGAUAUUGUAAAAAAAAUUAUAAUUUUUUGCGGUAUCUAGUUUUCUAAUGAAAUGCGGCUCGGUGCUCUACUAUGUCCUGCAUCUGCCGCUGCGCCAGCUCACAUCUCUACAGCGUUUGGAGAUCGAAGAUUGCCACUAUCUGGAAGAUCGGUGUUGGCAAGGUGGAGGUUUGGAUUGGCCCAAUAUUUGUCACAUUCCCAGUGUAUUGACAGUUUGACACUAAAGUGCGACCUGGAACGUCUUGCUCAUCUAAAUAUGUGAGACGAAGGACUGAUCUCUGUCGAAAUUGAGUAUUAAAGGGCAAAUUACGAGUUUGAUAAUUGAAUUUACCAAAAAGUAGUUUCAUGUUUGGUCAAUAAAAAUAUUUAAUUUCAUUCGUGGUAACUAAAAUUAGUUCAAUAGUUUAACGUCGAUUAGCAUUAUGUCUACCUUAAUGAGUGGCCCAACUUCAAGGCACGGGCUAUCUGGGCCCUUUGUCCAGCCCGCCCCAACCAUAACUUCCUCGUCUCUCCCUCUACCCAUACACUCACGGCCCCAACCGAACCUCCAUGCAAAUCAUUCAACUCUAAUCGAAAAACACAUCAGUAGACAACCUCCAUGACUCUAGACCUUUGAAUAUGGCAAGAAGCCAAGAACAAAGCGAAAUCAAAUAAGACACCGAGGAAUAUCAAGCCUCGUACAAAGAAAGACUCUCCUUCCAAAUACAACCCAAGUCCAUCAGAAGAUCUCAUUGGUCAAAGCAAAACUUUGACAUCCCCUCUAUUCAUACUUGGGACUUCAACCAACGCUAUUUGCUUACCAGAGGAGAAAUCAGUCGUUAUCACAGGAACGACCAUAUGUGAAAAUGUAGGAUUUUUCAGCGAUUGGAUUAACAUAGUUGAGUUAGUUGAUCUGAGGUUUUAUGGAGCUCGCUUCAUCUUGACAAGAGAAGAUCAAAAUACACUUACAAAGCUAGCCGACUGGACAUCAGUCUUUGCCAUCUUCAAUGAAAUUCGACCUUCCCCAACACCUUGGUGACUUCUAUUGCUACUCAUGGGCAUUCUAUCCCUAUUCCUCACCCUUUUAAAUUUGAAUCAUCCUCACGAUAGUUUUAUGGACUUAAUUGCAAGAACCCUCGAGCACCAUUCUAGCUUAGCUACUCGCCUCCAAGGCUCCAACACCUAGCAACAAGUAGAAAGUUAUUACAAUGGAACUUCAAAAUCACCUUGCUCAAAAGAGAAACAAAAUUUGGAUGGACUGACAUUGUGUUUGUAUUUAUUUUUUCUUAAAUUUGGGUAAGUUUUUUUUUUUCUGAAAGUUGGACAAAUUUUUCUUAAUAACCUAAUUUUGUUAAA